AUGGAAACCUUAUCUCAAUUUUUCCAGUCUGAUGCAUUAGGAUGUAAAAUGAACAAAGAGGGGGAAAACAACAGUUGCAAGACCGCAAACCGUUGUAUGUACCACACUCCCGAACUUCCAACUGCAGAGCAUCAGUUUCUUAGUUGCAAUCCUUGCUCAGAAGUAUAUCCAUGGCUAGCAAAUCCAACUGGAUCAAUGAGCGAUCAGAAAUAA